GCAACCUUUAUCACAAGAAUUGGCUCAUGGUUGCUCAACCGUGCAAAGUAUGGUUACACUGAAUAGCUUCUAGUGUCUUCAAUAGGCACUGGUUGCGCCCUUUCAUCUCGUUUAAAAGGAUGAGAUUCGCAAGUGGCCUCUUCAGAUUUCCAGACCUCUCUCACUCGGCUUUUCACCGGUAGUUAUCAUGCAGUUCUCCUCAACGCUUCGCUCUGCUUUAAUCGGCCUGUGCUUGUCCGCCAUCUCCGUCGCGGCUGCUCCAGGACUUUCCCUCGCCGUCUCUAGUGCUUCUGGCGCCAACAGCUUCGCUGGAGUUGAGAACUUCAAGGUCACGGCCUCUCUGGUCAACAGCGGUAAUGAGCCCUUGAAGUUGUUGAAGGACCCUCGAACGAUUCUCUCGUCAAUCCCUACCAACAGCUUCGCUAUCAGCAACGCUGAAGGUGCAUCCCCCUCCUUCAUCGGCGCCAAAGUCAAGUUUGUCCCGGAAUACGUCGUCAAGAACAACAUCAACGACGCUUUCGUCAUUCUCGCGCCCGGAGAAUCCCUUCAACUGGAGCACGAUCUGUCUGCGGCCUACAAUUUCACUCGUCCUGGAGAGGGAACCUAUGACGUUCAGGCUAACAACCUCUUCCUCCAUGUCGACCCCACUACCAACGAGAUCAAGGAACUCCAAGCCGCUCAUGAAGCCCCUUUCACUUCCUCGUUGACUGGACGAUUAGCUGUUGCCCCUCCCCCUACUAAGAGGGAGGUUUACAGGUCUUGUUCUUCUAGCGAGCAAUCUCAGGUAGCAUCUGCUGCAAACCAGGCUGCGAGCUAUGCCAAUGCGGCCAGCAGUUACGUCAACUCGCACACUUCCUCCACUCCCCGAUUCGUUGAGUGGUUCGGUACAUUCACCGCCGCUCACCACACCACAGUCGCCAGCCAUUACACCAACAUCAAGGGAUACUCUUUCACUGGCAAUACCUAUGACUGUAGUUGCAAUGAGGCUGGCACCUACGCGUUUGUGAAUCUCAAUGAAUUCGGAGUUAUUCACCUUUGCCCUGUCUUCUGGGAGGCUCCCCUGUCAGGCACUGACUCUAAGGGUGGAACCCUUAUCCACGAGUCCUCCCACUUCACCCAAAUUGCUGGUACUGAUGAUCAUGUUUACGGACAAUCUGGUGCUCGUGCCCUUGCAGAGAGCAACCCGACUCAGGCUAUCGACAACGCUGACAACCACGAAUACUUCGCGGAGAACAACCCAGCUUUGAGCUGAAAUCUUGAUGGGGUAGCUUAAUUUAACGAUAUCUACCGUGUGUUGUAUCAUAGUCAUGUAGUAUUCCGGUGCACCUUUCAAUCGAUC